GGGGAAUGGGGAGGGAGGGCCCCAGAGGGGGGUCAGGGGGCUCUGGAGACAGCCUCAGAGGGGUGUCCAGAGCCAGGCAGCAAGGACCAGAAGAAGGUGGACAGAGACCGAAAGGACAAAGCAAAGGAGAGACACAGAGAAAAAAAGAGACCGACCCCAAAGGGACAAAGACCCGAACAUUCGUCCACCUCGCCGCAGAGGCAGCUGGAGUCGGUGCUGCCUGUCCGUCCCCAUGGGCCGCCGUAGGCCAUGGCUGCACACUUCUGUCCUCUGGGCUGGGGUGGCCAGCCUGCUCCUCCCCCCGGCCAUGACCCAGCAGCUGAGAGGGGCCGGGCUGGGCUUCAGCAACUGGAACAACAACGCCGGAGUCACCGGGCUCUCCCAGGAGGCAUCGGCAGAGCUUGGCCACCACCUCCACAGCCCGAGAGACCAUCCAGAUGAGAACGAGGAUGUUUCCACAGAGAAUGGGCAUCAUUUCUGGAGCCACCCAGACCGUGACAAGGAGGAUGAAGAUGUCCCCAAGGAAUAUGGGCACCUACUCCCAGGCCACAGGUCCCAAGACCACGAAGUUGGAGACGAGGAUGUCUCAGGUGAGGAGGUCUUUGCACAGCAUGGUGGGCAGGCCCGUGGGCACAGAGGCCAUGGGAGUGAAGACACGGAAGACUCAGCUGAGCACAGGCACCACCUCCCCAGCCACAGGAGCCACAGCCAUCAAGACGAGGAUGAGGACGAAGUUGUGUCCAGUGAGCAUCGCCAUCAUAUCCUCAGGCAUGGACACCAAGGCCAUGAUGGGGAAGAUGAUGAAGGAGAAGAGGACGAGGAGGAGGAGGAAGAAGAGGAGGUCUCCACUGAGUAUAGGCACCAGGCCCACAGGCACCGAGGCCACAGGAGUGAAGAGGAUGAGGAUGUCUCAGAUGGACACCACCAUCAUGGCCCCAGCCACAGGCACCAAGGCCAUGAAGAAGAUGACAAUGAUGAUGAUGAUGAUGUCACCACUGAGUAUGGACACCAGGCCCACAGGCACCGAGGCCACGGGAGUGAAGAAGAUGAUGAUGUCUCAGAUGGACACCAUCAUCAUGGCCCCAGCCACAGGCACCAAGGCCACGAAGAAGAUGACGACGAUGAUGAUGAUGGUGAUGAUGAUGAUGAUGUCUCCACUGAGUAUAGACAUCAGGCUCACAGGCACCGAGGCCACGGGAGUGAAGAGGAUGAAGAUGUCUCAGAUGGACACCAUCAUCGUGACCCCAGCCACAGGCACCAAGGCCACAAAGAAGAUGACGAUGAUGAUGAUGUCUCCACUGAAUAUGGACACCAGGCCCACAGGCACCGAAGUUACAGAAAGGAAGAGGAUGAGGAUGUCUCAGGUGAACACCACCAUCAUGGCCCCAGCCACAGACACCAAGGCCACAAAGAAGAAGAAGAAGAAGAAGAAGAAGAAGAAGAAGAAGAAGAAGAAGAAGAAGAAGAAGAAGAAGAAGAUGAUGAUGAUGAUGAUGUCUCCACUGAGUAUGGACACCAGGCCCACAGGCACCAAGACCACAGAAAGGAAAAGGAUGAGCCUGUCUCAGGUGAACACCACAAUCAUGUCCCUGACCACAGGCACCAAGGCCACAGAGAUGAGGAAGAAGAUGAGGAUGUGUCCACUGAACAUUGGCACCAGGGUCCCCAACGUGUCCACUAUGGCCUUGUAGAUGAGGAAGAGGAAGAAGAGGAGAUCACAGUCCAUUUCAGCCACCGUGUUGUAAGCCACCAACCUCAAGACCACAAGAGUGAUGAAGCGGACUUCCAAGAUGAGUAUAAAACAGAAGUCCCUCACCAUCACCACCACAGAGUCCCCAGGGAGGAAGAUGAGGAGGUCUCCGCUGAGCUUGCCCACCAGGUCCCCAACCACAGGCAAAGCCACCAAGAUGAAGAAACUGGCCAUGGUCAAAGAGGGUCCAUCACAGAGAUGAGCCAUCACCCCCCAGGACACACAGUGGUCAAGGAUAGAAGCCAUGUGAGGGAGGAUGAUUCUGAGGAGGAAAAGGAGAAGGAAGAGGACCCCGGCUCCCAUGAGGAAGAUGAUGAAAGUUCAGAGCAGGGAGAGAAAGGCACCCACCAUGGCAGCCGGGACCAGGCAGAUGAGGAGGAUGAGGAGGAAGGUCAUGGCCUCAGCCUGAAUCAGGAGGAGGAAGAAAAGGAAAACAAGGAGGAGGAGGAAGAAGAAGAGGAGGAGAGGAGAGAAGAGAGGGCUGAAGUUGGGGCCCCACUGAGCCGGGACCACAGCGAGGAGGAGGAGGAGGAGGGGCUGGAGGAAGAUGAGCCCCACUUCACCAUCAUCCCCAACCCACUGCACAGGAGAGAGGAGGCUGGAGGUGCCUCCAGUGAGGAGGAAAGCGGUGAGGACACAGGUCCACAGGACGCUCAGGAGUAUGGGAACUACCAGCCAGGGUCCCUGUGUGGCUACUGCUCCUUCUGCAAUCGAUGCACUGAAUGUGAGAGCUGUCACUGUGAUGAGGAGAACAUGGGUGAGCACUGCGACCAGUGCCAGCACUGUCAGUUCUGCUAUCUCUGCCCGCUGGUCUGCGAAACGGUCUGCACUCCAGGAAGCUACGUCGACUAUUUCUCCUCGUCCCUAUAUCAAGCCCUGGCGGACAUGCUGGAAACGCCGGAACGCUGACCCAGCCGCUCGACUGCGACACAGCGGUACCUCCCCUUGCCUUCCAACCCCUUUCCAUGAGCCAUAUUUAUUUCUCUGAAUAAACGUGCUCCCCGAAAUCUCA